AGCGUACUACGCUGACGCAGUGAUGUCGGCAGCGGCGCGCGGGGCCGGCUGUGCGCUCGGCUGUAGCGGGCGAGGCGACUGUAUGAACGGCACUUGCCUCUGUGAGAUUCGAUACUCGGGGGAGGAGUGCGCUGGGCCCAACUUGCCUUACCAUGCCUGUAUCGGCGGAGUAUUCCUCAUGGUUGCCUUCGUCUGCGCGGUUCAGCUCACGAUCUGCAUCGUAACCGAAUACAGGAAGCUGAAAGCGCCCACGUUCCUCAGGGCGUGUAAAGUCACAACACAAAAGAUGCUGUAUCUUGUAGCGUUUCUCGCUUCUUUGAUACGCGGUGCUUACUUUGUUUCGCCGUCUGCAUUCCAAGAGGGUUGGGCGACAAGUCUUCUGUCAGCCUACUAUCCCUUAAUGAUGUCGGGAUCAUCCCUUAUCGUCUGCUUCUGGGCAGAGGUUUUCCACCUCCGCGACAUCCGCUGGGAGAGGCCGAGGUUCAUCUCGAAGUCGUUCCUGGCCUUCGUGACCUUCAACGUGAUCAGCUACUCGCUGUUGGCUGCUGAGGUGCUCACCACAAACAUCGCUGAUACCUCAGCUGAGAAGAAGAGUUUUUAUCAGCACGUGUUUAACGGCUGCUACGCGGUGCUCCUCUUCAUAGUCGUCAUAUUCUUCCUCAUAUACGGAGUUGAAGUUUAUUUUAAGCUUCGAGGGGAGUUCCUUAAGGAGACGAAGGUGUGCACGAUUAUAUCGCCUCGACCUGGUCCGUCCACGGCUGCAGAGGGUGAUGACGUCCAGGACACGCUUGUUACCAAACAGGUAAAGAUAAUUUCAAUUUAUGUAAUACUUUUUUGCACAUUUAGAAUUACAGGUAUCCAAACCGAUCUAGCUGACUGCGAUGGCACCGUAGACCCUCGAUCAGUAAACCAGUCCCAGCUACAUCAGUCGCGUGUGGGUCUCGUCAGCCAGGCGUUGAUGCUCAUCCUCAUCGCUGGAUUCCUAGCCUCGGAAACGCUCAGCGAAUUCUGGAAGACCAAAGUGCCAGUGGUUUCCCGCAACUGGCACGAUCUGGUCUUCCGCCUGGCGGAGAUCGGAGUCGCGCUAUGGUUCCCCUGCGUCCUGUGGAACUGCAUGGCGCCCGAGCGGCUCUGGUUGCUCAACCCGCGCAGGUUGCUGGCGCGGCAGCUCGACGACACUCGCCUGGCAGACCUGCUGGCGCACACGAGACGAGCGGACACCAAGAAUGUGGAAACGGAUUCACUUGUGGGCAGCGUUAGUUCGAUUCGCGAUUGCUGGAUAUGCUACGACAACUCUAGACCAGAGCCACUAAUCACUCCAUGUCGCUGUACCGGCGAUGUGGCUGCAGUGCAUCACGAUUGCUUGAGGAGAUGGCUCGUCGAGAGCGCUGCAACUCCCGAUGGCUUGAAAUGCAAAGUGUGCAACACUCCAUAUAUAGUCCAAGAAACGAAUCAGGUGGAGUGGCAGCGCGGCUUCACAUGUGGCCACUGGGUACGCACCGUGCUGAGCGUGGCGUGCGUGUGCGGGGCCACGGGGGCCGCCUGGGUGCUCGUGCAGCUGUUCCCGACCCCGGUGCCCCGCGUGCUGGCAGCUGGCGCCGCCCUGCUCGUGUGCUACGUGGCCGUCAGGUUCCUAGGCAUGAACACAGUUAAGGCCUACCAACGUGCAAAAGUUUCUUCUUUGAAAAUUUUAACCGAUCCAGUGGAUUUGAUGGCUGACCAGAGUCAGCUGUCUACGAUAAGCAAGACAGUCACCGUAGAAAUAGCUUCCAAGGCUAUUCUCGACCAAGCUUUAAAAGGAGACGUCAAAUAAACACAAAUCGACGAAAUAAUGGUUCAAAAGUGAUAGCUGGUUGUUCACCUCAUUCAAAAAGCGAACUCAGUCGUGCAGUGAAAAUUAAUAAGUGAAUUCUGUGCUAAAAACAAUAAAUUUCUCUGAGAAUUUAAUCAUUGACUUGAGGGGUGUAAAAUGUAACAAAAUUCCAAAAUUCAUAGCGUAUACAAAACUAGUUUUGUACUAAAGUCCAAAAGAAGUUAUUAAAGUAAAAUAAAUUAUUCAAAAUGUGAACAGUUAUUGAUGAACAGUGAAGAGUUAAUGUGACGUAAGUGGUAAAGAAAUGAAAGUAACUUCCGUACAUACAAUACAUAGCAAUAUUCGACACAGUGUUGUGAUGUAUUUGUAUUAAGUACAAAAGAUAAACGUCAAUUUUUAAUAAUUAGACGAAUCUGAGCGUAUAUUUUUAUUCGUAUAGAUAAAUGUCUCGGUUAAAUUUAUCUAGUAGAUUCUUCAAGAGGAAGAAUAUUGUUGCCAAAUUCCAAUAGAUUUCGUAUUUUAAGGUAAUGUAAUUGUUAGUUCGAACUAUGUAUACAUAUUUUUGAAAAUUGUAUCGAAUGUAGACUUCUGGUAAACUCUACAAUAAGUUUUUCUAAUAAAAUAUGUAUGGAAUUUAAUAAAAUGUUCAAUAAGCUUUAGACAGCUAAAGCCUAGUAUAUAGAAGUAGAAAAAUCUUAUGAAAUGUGUGUACUAAGUACAGACUUAGUACACACAUUUCAAAAGAUUUUUCUAGAACAUACACAAUAGCCCACAAUCCUUCAAAAAGUUUUUGACAUUGUCAUAACAUUUUGUUACCUCCCUUUUAGAAUUUUUUUUCCGUCAUCUAAGGGCUAAAAAUACAAUUUGUCAAUUUUUUUUUUUUCCUUAAAUACUCCUUUGAGCCACAUUUAAUGGGGUACAAUAAAAUUGAGUUUGAGUAUUGUUUUUAAUUGCAGUUACUUCAAAGUUAUUUUGCCCUUAUACACAAAACUCCAUUUUUAUACAUAAAUUGUUUCCGUAAAUAAAAUGCCUUUUAAAAUUUCUUUUCUUAUAUCGAACAUUUCACAGUACAUAAAAAUUGGGUCUUUUUACUGUUGUCAAAAAAUAAAGAAUUGAUACUGUUUUGGUUGUUACUCUUGUAACUCCAUAUAGCCAGCUAAAAAAACAGUUAAAAUAUCUUAAUAUUUUCGUUUAUAAUUAUGUAUUAAUACAAUAAAAGUAAUUUAAAAAUAAACUUACGUAUUUUAACAGACAUGUAAAACAGAAAAACGUAUUAAUGUAUCCUGAUUCCGAGCUUAAUUAAUUUAGUCCACUGUUAUUAUAUAAAGACAUUCUUUCCAUGUGAUAUAAAUGUAUAAUUGAUAAUAAUUAACAAAUAAUAGCAUAUCAAUAAA